GCUGCACUGGUCGACUCCAGAACACAUCCACAGUCAGACUCCACAGCCGUCUGCCUAGGGAUGGGAUUUGUUUGGGUUUUUUUCGUCGGUUUUUAGAAAUUAUAAUACUAGGAAGUCCUUCCAGCAGAGCAGAACUGUCUGAAGAACGUAAGUGUUCAGCUGCUUUGGACCGAGGGGGGAAAGGAUUUUAUCUGGAGGUGACAAACAGAAACCAGGGCUGUCUCUUUUUACCCUAUAUUUAAAUAUCCCUUCAAAGUUAGGUGCUUCCAGUACCAAGGCCACAUGGGAAGAAGAGUUCAUAUUUUAACAUGUAUUAAUCUCCACGCGCUCUUAUGCUUCAUGUUCAUGUUGAUGAAGGUGAGGAUAAAAAAAACACUGAGUUUCUCUCCAUAAACACAAACCGUUUGACUCCUGGUUUUCCCCCCACAGACUUUACCCCCGUGGCUCGUGCUAUCUAAAUUGAUUCUCAGAUGUGCUGUGAUAUUUUUCCGUGGUGAGGAGCCUUUCCUGAUCUGGGUUUAUCAUCCCACACCAGAAGCAAGGUUGAUAUUAAUGCAGAGGGAGGAAAAGAGCAGGCGCUCGUCUGUUGAUCUUUUCCUUCCUUUGCUCCUGAAGUCUUUGUCCUCCACGGUCCCUGACUGCAGUGACUGUUAAUUAAAGAGGCGGAGAGGUUGAGAUAAGGUGUUUAAGGACUGGUCUGAAAAAACCCCAGCAGGGAUUUAAUAACAGACACUGGAGAACAUUUGGCAUUUACUGUGUAUUGUGUUGUGAAAUGUUGACCUUUACAAGUUUACUAGUCGCUUUAUUAGUUAUCCAGCUUUUUAAUGUUAAUGCUGUUGAUGCACAGCAUUUUCUAUGAUAAUAUUACUAUAAUUUUUCACUCCAGCUCAUGUUUGUGUCACAUUGUGGUAUUUGUGUUGGUGCCGUAGUAUCAUUUAAAAAAAAGAAAAGCUGAAGGAAGUUUGUUUCAGGGCAUUGAUUUUAUUAAAUACUCCUUAUUAAAUGAGAGAAAACAUUUGUUGGAGCAACAUCUAACACAACACACAGAACACUGGCUAACCUUGUUCCACGACACCCGCGCCUCAAGUUAAUGAUAUUAUUUUUAAAAAUGAUUGAGACCAUGUUUUCCUCCCAUCCGUUUUCCGUAAAUGAUCUGAGUGACCCUCUGCACAGGGCUGUCCAUUUCAGAUUUAUCAAUUUCAUGGCUCAGGUCAAGUAGUACUGGUCAAGCAUUUUGUGACAUUACUUUUAAUUUGUCCUCUGUAUCAUGUUUAUCUCCCCCCACCACCGGGAAACGGUUACCAAGGGAACACUCCAAACUUCUAUUAAACCACGAUGUGACUCACUCUGACUGAACUUCUGUGAAUCGUACCAACUGGAGUCAUAGGGACUGACGCGUGUCGACCCCUCCCCACACCCCCACGAAGAACACGAGCCUCCUUCGUCAACACGACCCAGCGGGCACAGGCAUCAGGGCACGUGUUUCUUCACACCUUGAGUCCAAAUGGUUGGAGACAGAGAGUUACUGAAGGGGAGGGGGCUAGAGUUCAACCACUGUUGUUAUUAUUGUAUUUAUUUCUGAUGGACACAAUAAAGCAUGAAUAUACAAAAGGCAGCAUCUUAAUAUUUAAGUUGAAGUUAGUUUAAUAAUAUAUCUAUAUUUAUAAUAUAUCUGGGGACAAAGACAAACAUAUUUUCUGGAUCUUUAGGGCUCAAUAUUCGUUAUGUAUGAUAUAUAUUUAUUAUUAUUAUUAAUCCAAAAUUAGAAACACGUGAUAUUUAAAGGCCAUUUGACAUUAAUUCGUAGCAAAAUCAUUUUCUUGUAUGAAGUUUUCUGUAUAUCCAAAAUGAAGGAGUAAAGUGACCAAAUGCUCGAAGUUUGCCGACGUGUGACUUUGCACCUCACCAUCGUGGCGCAUGGCGACACUUGGAGACGUGUCCAGGCGCAAUUUGGCACCACAGCCCCCCUCCCGGACUGGGCUCUGGUAUAAAUAGAGAUGUUUCCUCCUCUGCAGCCACACAUCCUCUCUGGGACUGUACUGACUGACAGCAGGAAAACUAACUUCCACCAGGAAUCAUGGAAACUCUAACUGCGAACGGAUUAUCCUCUGUUUUUACUGGAAACAAGGCGGUUACGCAGCAGCGUCGUCUGUGGAGACCGUGGACCGUGGAAGAGGAGAAGAGAAGUGAUUCACAUCAGAUUCCUUCACUUCAAGGUGACUUUUCUGACGCCAAGUUUUCAAAAACGCUCCAAAUCUCUCACCCAGUGAAGCUGUACUGGCCCAAGUCCAAAUGCUUCGAUUACCUGUACCAGGACGCCGAGAUUCUCCUCCGUAACUACCCGGUCCAAGCGACCAUCUGCCCGUACGAAGAGGGCAGCAGUGAUGAGGAGAGUGAUGAUGAGGAAGAGGAGGACAUGGACAAGGACAUGGACAUGGACUGUCAGUGAAGACUGACUGCGGACUGUUGUAGCCAUUUAAAAUCUAAAAUAUUUGUCUUAAUUUAUUAAUUUCUGUAAAUAUGUGUAUAUAGAUUAUUUGUUUUUAUUUCUACACCAAAGAAGAAUGUAAAUGUUUAAGUUAUUAACCUCACAUUUCUACCUCUAUUUUGUAUUUUGCUGAGCUCUGCAAUAAAAUACGUAAAAU